CAAUCCUACAGAUUGCAAAAGUAUUACUAAAAUGGACGAUGAAACUUUAAACAGGCUUGCAGUUGAAGCAUUGUUGGAGGAAGCAAAGCUUGGAGCAAAAAGAGCUGAAAUAAUGGGUCCUAGUGGAUGGAUAAAACCAAAGGAAUCUAUUAAUAAAAGAUUUCUUCAUUCAACAUUACGCAAUGUUGUUCUUUCAAAUAAAUAUCAGUUGAAAAGAAGAAGUGAAAAACAAUUACAUAGAUCUGAAAGUACUUUAAAAUAA